ACCGCGGCGGCGGUUGCGGGUCACAACGGAGCAGCGGCAGCGGCGCGGCCGGGCCGGAGAAUCCCAUAAUGGUUGUGUUGGAAUGGAUCUUAAAACUUAUCUUGUUCCACCCCCUGCCACAGAAUCCACCCAGUUUGGUGGGAACCAUGGAGAAUGUGCUAGAAGCAGAGAGUGAAGAGCAGCUGCGAGGCAGUCUGAGCACCUGGCAGCGAAGCAGCCAGGGGCCAUCCUAUUCUCACUAUGAUCCCUAUGCCGACUCAUCCAUUGAUUUUGGCACACAUCCCAUGGAUCAGAGGGAAACCAGGUCACUGGUGAUGAAGAGGAAGGUGCUGAGGCACAGACCCGAUGGAAGGGUGGAGGUCUUUGAUGAGUCACCGAGUGCCAGGCCAUGGUGCCAGGGGCACAGCAGCACUUUUAUGAGUGACACCACCUCCGCGAGGGGAAGAGAGACCAGCAGCAGCACCUCAAGGAGCUACCUGCAUGCUGAUGAUGACUGGUUCCGUGAGGACAGCCCCCGCUCCCUCCGCGAGGAUUUUGGGGUCGACUCUAUAUCCGAGUACCCCAUGCCAGGGCGAGCACCCGUGAACUACAUUGCUCCGCAGGCUGUCAGGCAGAGGAGAACUGACCCGGUGGCCAAACUGAACGGAUAUAAACAAGACUGGGAGAGAUACAGCAUUCCCGGGCAGGACACACACCAGAGCCUGCGCUGGGCCGUGCGGGCGCAGAUGCUGCAGUCGGGGCUGCCGCGGCGGGCGCAGAGGCACAUCGUCCCCAACACGUACGAGGUGCCCACGAUGAAGAAGCGUGACUCCCUGCGCUUCGGUGUGCGCUGGGACCUGGCCCACAGGCUCAUGCCCCGCCGGAACAGCUCCUCCUAGAGCCCCAGCCCUGCUGCUUUCUCCUCCUCAACAUCCUUCAUAGUCUGGAAAAUCCCCCUGAUGCGCUUCUAGCAGGUGAAGUUUUGGUGUGGAGGAGGUUUUCUUUGCAACAUCUCUGGCAAUAUCUUUUUUCCCUCAAUAAAGCAUCUGCAAAGAU